AUGAGCGGCGCGGCGCGAAAGAGAGGCGCUGGUAGGGCCACUAGAGGUGGUCCGUCCAGUGAGACAAGCUCUCGUCGUGGCGAUCGAUCUGGCCAAGGCGGUUUUGCAGGCGGCUUCGAUGGUCCAGCCAGUCGAGGUUCAGCAUCGAACGUUGGUUCAGGACACGGUACUUCGCCCAACGCUCCUCAAGGCGGAUUCGCACCUCAAAACCCUCCCGCUGCUAGUCGUGGAAGCAGCCAAUCUGGCGGUGGACCGGCUCCGAGUCAACCGGCAGCUCCUCUCGGAGACCCGGCGAGGGACACACCGUCUCGUUACACCGACCAGCUCCGAAACAUCGACUUUCCUCCUUCAUUCUACAACAUUGAUCAGCUGGUAAGUGAAAAUUCGCCCUUCAAUGUUCCCCGUGCACUGCUCUUGCUGCCUCUGCCUGCACAUACAUUGCACAUCUUUGUCCGAGCUUAA